UUGCAAAGGUUUUGUCUAUCUGGGACAGCUGCAGUAUUGUUGGGGGAGUUAGGUGACCCCUCAGCGCUGACGUUCCUUCAGAUGGUUUAUACGCUAGCUGGUCCGUUACAAGCUCUGUGGAACAGAAUCAGCCUCUCAGCCCACGCAGCCCCUCUGUUCUUCUCCCCACAGCGUGUGGGACAGCGGAGGUGGCCGACAUCUUGUUCCUGGUGGGUGAGUCCUGGAGCGUGGGGGAAGGGAACUUCCGGCUGAUCAAAGACUUCAUCUACAGUGUGGUCCUCUCCUUCGAGAACGUGGCAAUGGGCAGAGAGGGUGUUCGGCUGGGAGUGGUGCUCUACGCGGAGAAGCCAAGGAUGAGUAUCGAGUUGACGGAUUACGUCACCAUUGAGGAGGUGCUGGUGGCCGUCAGGGAGCUCUCGUUCCAAGGGGGCAGUGUCAAAACAGGGGAUGCCCUGGCGUUUGUGGCCCAUGUGGUCUUCAGUCCGGCAGCAGCAAGAGGAGAUGCAGCAAAGAUCAUUGUUUUAAUCACAGGUGGGAAAUCUGCCGAUUCUGUUGAAGAUGCGGCUGUGGCUCUCCAGGACAGAGGCGUGACAGUUUUUGCUGUGGGAAUUAAGAAUGCCGACAGGAACGAGCUAAGGAAACUAGCUUCCAAGCCCGCCGAGGAGCAUGUGCUUUACACUGAAGAUUUCCACUUGCUGGGUAACGUGUCCCCUAAGCUCUCCCGAAGGCUCUGUGUCACGGCCUCCGAGCCUCCGCGCCCCACCAGGCCGGCUAUGAAUGUGGAGAAAAUCGUUGGUCCCCGGGAUUUACUUGUCAGCGAACAAAGUUACAGCUCUUUGAGGCUGACCUGGACUCCCGCCACGGGGAAGGUGAUGGAAUACCACGUCCUCCUGAAUUCACUUUCCGCUACCGGGCAGCUUAUUACUGAGGACCAGCGGCAGAUUGUUUUGGAUGGCAACAAAAGCACCGUGCUGGUGUCAGAUCUGAAGCCUGACACGAACUAUUUCUUCACGGUCCUGGCGGUCUACAAGGAUACCCUCGGGGAGUCAACGUCCGUCAAAGGGAAGACGACGCCCGUCCCUCCAGUGACCAAUUUCCGGGUCAUAGAAGAAGGACUCUCUAGCCUCAAGGUAGCCUGGACUCCUCCCCUGGGGAAGCUUGAAGGCUACAAGAUCUACAUGCCCAGAUCAAACAGACCUGGAAUGACCUAUGAGCAGAUCCUGGGCGGCGACGUUACCUCUCACGUGCUUGGCAACUUGCAGGAGGAUAAAGAAUAUACUGUCAGUAUCUAUGCUGUGUACCGCCAGGGCCCGAGCCAACCGGUGUCUACUACAGGGAGAACAUUGAAGCUCCUGCCAGUGAAAAGCAUCUUGCUCCAGAAUGAGACGACCGACACCAUCCAGGCCAGGUGGACCUCAGUUAGGGGAGCAUCAGGAUACCGGCUCACCUGGGUGUCGGCAGAGGGCAGCGUUGAGACCCUGAACCUGGACGACACUUGUACUGACUACAUGAUCCCAGGGCUGCAGCCUGGGCUGGAAUACACCGUCACCGUCAACCCCAUCUUCGGGGACGUGGAGGGGCCUGUGGUGAGCAGCCGGGCAGCCACUUUGGCGUCGAGCGCUGUGCAGACCCUGAAAGUGUCCGACGUAACAAUCAGCUCUGCCCUGCUCUCCUGGGAUUCAGUGGCUGGGGCCAGUGGGUACAGAGUGGCUUGGGGCCCUACUCCAGAAUUCUUCCACAAAGACCGACCGCGGCAGCUGGCUCUGAACAGCUCCACCACAGCCUACCAGCUCCGAAACCUGGCCCACGACAGCGAGUAUGUGAUUUCCCUCUAUGUGCUCUUUGGCUCGGCGGAGGGGCCUGGGAUCACUGCUUCAGCCAGAACGUCGCCUCUUGGCUACGUGUCCAAUUUCAAGGUAACUUCCUACACGAGCACAUCCAUCUCCCUUGCAUGGAGUGCCACAGCUGCAGCCACUGGAUACCGAAUCUCCUGGAGCCCAUGGGGAGCGGGCAGAGGAAGAGGAAUUGCCAAGAGCCAGUACCUGGGCAGCAAGGGGCUCGCUUAUCACAUUGACCAUUUGCUGCCUAAUACCCACUAUACACUUGGUGUUCGCGCUAUGUUCAACAAGUCCGAGGGACCGGAAGUGAUUCUCACGCACCGUACUGCCUCGCUUGCAGACUCAAACCCCAUCCAGACUGUCCGGGAUUUGCGGAUCGUCGACAUUGGAGUAAACAGCUUGAAGGUCUCCUGGAAAAGGACCCCGGGCAUAACACACUAUAAGAUAUCCUGGGUCCCAUUCAGUGGUGGCUUGGAAACCUCACAGAUCGUUCCAGCAGAGAUCAUAUUUUUCACAAUUACUAAGCUGCAGGAGAGCACUACGUACACCAUCCGUGUGUCUUCAAUGAUCCAGAAACGGGAGGGAAGCCCAGUGCUUCUGACUGCCAAAACACUGGGUUUGCCCAAAGUGACUCAGUUUGCAGUUCAGGAGAGCACGGAAAGCAGCGUUUUGUUGAGCUGGACCGGUGUUCCUGGGGCGUCGGCAUAUUUAUUAACAUGGCGCCUGGCAUCAGGGUCUGACCUUUCCUCUGAACUGUUGGGAGCAGCUUCUAGAUCGUAUCGAGUUACAGACCUGAAGCCAAGAGGGAUGUACUCGUUUUCAAUAAGGCCGCUCUAUGGAGAGGCGGAGGGGCCAGAGACGGCCCUUACUGACCAGAUAGUGGGAUCUCGAGGGAAUCCUUCCACUCCUGCUCCUACCAUUACUUCUUUACCGCCUGCCACUACGAGCCCCCGAUCCGUGGGCUCUAGCCAUGCAAGGGCCACUCCUCUUCCAUCAGCCGCCACCAUGACAUUAAGAAUGACCCCAGCAACCACAGUUGUGACAACUAAAGCGUCGCCACCAUUGACCACCCUCUCUGAGCCAAUCUGUGGCAAGUUCAAAGCGGACAUCGCAUUCCUGGUGGAUGAGUCUUCAAGCAUUGGCCAGAGCAAUUUCAAUAAAGUGAAGGACUUCCUUUUCCGGAUCGUCUCCUAUUUCCCCAGAAUUGGGCCCGAGGGAACACAGAUUGCUGUAGCUCAGUACAGCGAAGAGCCCAGGACUGAAUUCCACUUUAACCAGCACAAGGAUCGGAAUGGAGUUCUCAAAGCCCUCAAGGAGCUGCAGUACACUGGAGGCAAUACAAAGACGGGUCGUGGCUUAGGCUAUGCGCUGAAGGAGUUAUUUCAGUCCUCCAAAGGGAUGAGACCAACCGUGCCUCGCACGCUGAUGCUAGUGACCGAUGGACAGUCCCAGGACGAUGUGUUGCCACCAGCCAGAGUGGCGCAUGCGUUAGGAAUCCGUGUCAUCGCCGUGGGGGUUUCCAGAGCUGACCCCCAAGAACUGAAGAGCAUCUUGUUACACCGCAACCUGCAGAAUGUUUUCUACAUCAGCACCUUUGAGGACUUCCCCCACAUCAUCCAGGAGGUGAUAGAAACCAUUUGCUCUGACUCGCCGCAUUUGGGAGCCCAACCGCAACCCGGGGAGGCUCUGAAAGGAGAGAAGGGCGAGAGAGGCCCACCCAGAGAAUUGAGCGUCACCGGUUUGCAGACUGCAGGCAGUUAUGAUCCAUACAGCUUUGCUGUAAAGGGAGAGAAGGGAGAGAGGGGGCUGCCUGGGAAAGAUGGAAUUCCUGGACUGCCAGGUCGACCUGGGCGAGUGGGCCCUCCUGGCUCUCCUGGGCUGAUGGGGCUCCCUGGUAUCCAAGGCGAUCUCGGACCUCCUGGAUAUCCAGGGCCAGCGGGGCCAAAAGGAGACAGAGGGGAACCGGGCUACGUGCUGGGAGGGGUGGAAGUGAUCCCUGGCCGAAACGGACAACCAGGCUCUCCUGGGCAGAAAGGGCAGCCGGGAGUUCCUGGAGCAGCAGGACCGCCAGGGCCACAGGGACCGCCUGGGAUGUCUGUGAAGGGCGAGCCUGGAGACGCAGGUCGUAGAGGGCCUCGCGGGAAAAGCGGCGCCAAGGGCGACAAAGGAGAUGCGGGAGAGACCGGGAAAGCCGGUUUGCCUGGCCCCCUCGGGCUGGAUGGUGCUCCUGGAAUUCCCGGGCCAAGGGGAGAAAAGGGGGAGGCAGGGAUCGGCAUUCCAGGCACACCUGGCUUUAAGGGAGCAGAAGGAGGAAAGGGGGAAAUGGGACCACCCGGAGCACAAGGACAAAAGGGUGAACCAGGAUUGCCUGGAGGAGAAGGACUGACUGGCCCAAAGGGUAAAAAAGGCAAAGCAGGUGUCAAAGGGGAGAAGGGGGAACGUGGAGAAAUGGGACCGAAGGGACUUCAAGGAAUUGCUGGUCUUCCAGGAAUGGUGGGGCAGAAAGGAGACCAAGGAAGUCAGGGCUUUCCAGGUGCUCCGGCCAUGGGGGUUGUUGGACCGCCAGGCAAGAAGGGUGCCAGAGGGGACAUUGGACCUAUCGGCCCCACAGGACCACAGGGAAACAAAGGGAAACAAGGAGAUAAAGGAGAGAAGGGAAGUCCAGGUUUUGGCAUUCCAGGGCAACCGGGAUUGAAGGGGGACAUGGGCGAAAGGGGGAAUGUAGGUUUAUCCGGCAAACCUGGCCCAAAGGGGGAAAUGGGCCCGAGGGGAGAGAAAGGUGAACCAGGAACACCUGGGAAAUCAGGAGAGACCGGACUAAGAGGUAAAGAUGGAGAACCAGGGCAGAAAGGGAACAUGGGGACUAAGGGAGAAGCAGGCGGCCCAGGGGAGCCAGGAGAGAGAGGAAUCCAGGGACCUUUUGGGCUUCCGGGCCGUCGUGGAGAACAGGGGAUCAAAGGCGAGAUGGGAGAACCGGGAAAGGAUGGAGUCGCCGGAGAGAAGGGAGACAAGGGUGAAGCUGGGAAGCCUGGGCCGCCCGGGUCACCUGGAAGCAUUGUAUCAUCUCUGGAGAACAGCAUCACCAACAAAGGCGAUAAGGGAGAUCCAGGGGAUACAGGCCAGAAAGGAGAGAGAGGCCCUCCAGGUCCCAGGGGGCCGGAUGGUCUCCCAGGGCCUGCAGGUGGGACUCUGCUGGAUAACAUGUCAGAAAUGGGGACAAAAGGGGAAAAGGGAGAUCCAGGUCCACCCGGCAAAGGAGUGGAGAUCAAGGAUCUGGAGAGACUUUUUGAAGCCUAUGGGAUCAAGCUGGCGCUGCUGAAGGAACUGACCGAUCUUCUCCUGAGGGAUGGGCUUGAAGCGCUGAUCCAGCGGCGAGCCAGCUCUGGGAAAGGCAAGCCCCCCAAGAAAAAAGAGGGAUCUACGCAAGCUACGGACUAUGCCGCUUCGUUGAAGUAUGAUUUUUCUAGCGACCCUCUUACCAGUAUAGAAGUCACUGAAGAAGACCUGAGUAUUGAUGUCGGGCAUCAGCUUACAGUUCCAGCAGCUGUAGGACAACCUACUAAGGCUCGGCAGAGCCCAGCUGGUCUUGCUCUGAGGUCGGAACCUCCCGCACUGGGAAACCUUUCUGCAGACACACCAGAGCCCUUGAAGAAGAGGAGGAAAGAGAAAGACGUGAGCAGACCUGAUCAUUCAAUGGGCAACAAUGGUUCUUCGGAAGCAGCUGAUAUAGUCCUCCCAGACAUAAAGCAGGAAAAUGCAGAUCCAGUUGACGGCCCUGAGUUAACGAGCCAUGUUAGAGUCAGAAGAACAGCUGAGAGACAGAGGCACAUGGUUAACUCACCUGGCACCGCUGGAGUUCAGAAAUCCCCAGCUGGAUAUGUGACAUAUCCAGGACCUCAAGGCGCAAGGAGGAUCAAGAAGCAGGAGUCAGACAUGGUGGAUCCAGAACUGGAGCCAUUCCAAGGUCAAAAGGGAGAAAAGGGAUCUCCCGGAGCCAGGGGAGACAAAGGAGAAAAGGGCACUAAAGGAGACAGAGGAGAAAAUGGUCAAAAGGGAGAACCAGGAAUUGGGUUCAGAGGCCCCGUUGGUCAGGCUGGGCCCCCUGGGCAUAAGGGGGAGCCCGGGGCCCCCGGACCUCCGGGAGUGCAGGGCAUCCAGGGUAUUCGUGGCAACCCUGGCAUUCCAGGAUCACCAGGAGAGAGAGGACCCACAGGUCCACCGGGCAUGCCAGGGCAGAAGGGGGAACGCGGUAAGAGAGGCAGGAAUGGAUCCACUGGGCCGGCAGGAUCUCCAGGGCCCCCGGGAAAACAGGGGAUCCGAGGGCUGCCCGGGACCAAUGGCAACAAGGGGGAGAUUGGCCUCGGUGUGGCAGGUGCGAGAGGUCCCCGUGGACUGCCUGGCCCUGGGGGGGAGGAGGGCAUUUCAGGAGUCCGAGGCCCCACUGGCAUGAUGGGUCUGAAAGGCCUGCCUGGAGCGAAAGGAGAAAGAGGUGAUCGUGGCCUCCUGGGACCCAAGGGAGAAAGAGGUGACCCCAUUACUAUUUUUGGACCUCAAGGCUAUAAAGGCAACAAAGGAGAUCUGGGUGAACGGGGCCUGCCAGGCUUUGAUGGAGACAAAGGCGAGAAAGGGGAAGAUGGGCCUGCAGGAGAAAAGGGGGUCAGAGGCGAGGCAGGUGCGAAAGGGGCCAUGGGGCUGUUCGGCGCCAGAGGACCAGUGGGGCAGAAGGGAGAACCCGGAGAACCUGGCCUGCCUGGAUUUGCUGGCAUGGCUGGCCUUGAUGGGAAGAAUGGAAUCAAAGGAGCUAAAGGCGACAGAGGUCUGCAGGGUCAAAAGGGGGAACCGGGAGCGAAAGGUGAUCCUGGUAUAACUGGAGACCUUGGACGGAAAGGAUCUAAGGGCUUGCGUGGUUUUCCCGGGUGGAUGGGUAGCCCUGGUGCAGAUGGAAUAAAGGGUGAGAUUGGCAGCCCUGGAACACCAGGGAUACCAGGGUCAGAUGGACUGCUUGGGCCAAAGGGUGAGCAAGGAAUGUCAGGUGCAGAUGGCCCCAUGGGAGUUUCUGGGGAGAAAGGAGAAAAGGGGACCAAGGGAGUUCCUGGCUUGGGCGGAUUUAAAGGGCAGGUUGGAUUGCCGGGGAAGAUUGGUGUGGCUGGACCACCUGGAUCUCAAGGACCACAGGGUGACCCAGGACCACAGGGUGCAAGAGGUAGAAGAGGAAGACCUCAGCUCUGCCUCAGGGGUCCUGCAGGUACUCCUGGCAACAAAGGAGAAAAGGGAGAAAAUGGUCCAGCUGGUGUGAAAGGAGAGAAAGGAGAUCCUGGCCUUUCUGAAGAAGAAGUGAAGGAUGUGGUCAGGAGUGAAAUGAGUGACAAAUGCGUUUGUGCAGGUGAGUUGGGACGAAUGCCCAUAAACAGCGACCUGGGUGCAGACUCUCCAGGAGAAUUCAGCAGGAAUAUCAAAGAGAAUUUUCAAUCGCCAGAACUCAUCGGGAAGGCCAAUGAAGCUCAACAAGAAUUACUUAGUGAAAGACAGAAUACAACCGAACCAGAGAUGCCUAUCAUGGAAUCAACUCCAUUUAUGCCUGCUCCCAGUGAUAAGCAGCUAAUGGCUCAGGCUCGGCGCGAGCAGCGACGUGCCCGCCGCCCAUUAGAAGACCCUUGUCGGCUGCCGAUGGACGAGGGCUCCUGCCUGCACUACACGUUGCUCUGGUAUUACCAUGGAGAAGCCAACGCCUGCAGGCCGUUCGUGUUUGGAGGCUGUGGAGGGAACAGCAAUCGGUUUCAGUCCAAACUAACAUGUGAGCGUUGGUGUAAAAUCACAACAGGAAGGUGACUGGCUGCAGACAGGUGAUAUAAAUGAGAAGGGAGCUGCAGGAGGUGAAUCCAGGACAGCUCAGAGGUUGGAAAUACAGCAAGAUGAGCCAUUUAACACAAAGAGGUGGUAGACGUUAGUUCUGCAAACAAGGAGAUCGUUAUGGUUAUGGAUAUGUAAUGAAUCGGACUGAUAAGGGAAUCUUUUGUUUGGCUGGAAAAGCUGAAGUGUUCAGAGGUGCUUGACGGUCCCAUUCAUACUGUGCAAAACCCAACAGACACCUAAAUGUUCUUUUAUUUUUUUAAAUAAAACUGUAGGUUAAGCCAACCUUGCCUAAUUCCAGUCACCUGCUCACCAGGAGUUCUUUGUGAUGGGCAAGUCAAAUGUAAUUGUUUUUCCAUUACCAUCAGUUUGGUAAGGCAGGACGGGGCAGUUUUGCUGGUAAAUGUUUUGUGAUGCUCAUAUUAAAUUGUCAUUAGGGAUAUGGAACCAGUUUGGGACAACUUGGAUCAUCGUUCAAAUCAGCCUUCAGCCAUCGCUCACUCUAGCUUGUUUGCCAUUUUCACGUCUCCCCACUUCCUGGUUUCUUCCAGAAUCGGAAGCCGUUGUGAGGGAGGGGGCCUGAUCUGAGCACAGAACUGGGUGCAUGGAACUUCUUGAGUUUUAAUCCCAGCUCUGCCACUGAACUCUGUCUGUGGCCUUGGACAAGUCACUUAGCCUCUCUCUGCUUCAGAUUCCCACCCGUAAUACAGGGGUGUGUUGAGCACUAAUUAGUUAAUCUCACUGCAGAGGGAACAUGCCAAGUGUUACUAAAAUCUCACAAGAAAGACUUUUCUCAAAUUGGGUGAUACCACUCUGGAAAUCAUUGCCUUGCCCUGUGAAAUUUCAAACCCAGUUUCUAGAUCAGAGUGUUUUGGAUAAAUUUGGAGGGCAAUCCUAACUGUUACCAAUUUAGCUGCCAGAUGCUGAGAUCAGCAGCUGCAGGGAUAGAUGGGCUUAUGGUAAAGAUUCCAGUGUCUUGGAUCUAAGUAACACGGGCUGAGAGGUCCCCUUCAGAUGAGAAGAAUAGAAUCCUUUGAACCAAAUUUCAUAAGGCAGGAGUAACCAGUUCUCAGAGGAGCCACUCUUUGUCAUCAGGGUGACCCAGCAUGAGAUGCGUCUGUAUCUGUCUUAAGGUACAAGAGACUCUUAGAUCUUUUUAAAUCUUUAAUCAUUUCAUUGCCAAUGGGAAAAUGAAAAAGGAAAUUACAAACAACUUAGAGUUGGUAAGGAAAUAUUAAUUAUCUCUAGUAUAUAUACUGUAGCUAAAAAUUGCACCCACUAAUUGGGGCUUGGUUAACAAAGGCAAUUCCUGAACUGGCAAAUUUUCUGGCUUAAUAUAACCGUUCCGGUCUCUAAUUUAUGUAUUUCAUGCAAAAUUCCUUUGACUUGGUCCUGAACAGGAGAGGCAAUGUAGUCUAGUACAGGAAGCAUGGCAUUCCUGAAUUCCCAGUCAGCCUCUGCCACUGACUACCCUCCGAAGACUUUGGCAAGUCACUUCACCUCUCUGUGGCCAUUAUAAUGACUGUUCUGAUACUCAUUCAUUCAUUUAACAGGAGUGUUGUGCAGUUUAAUUGCUUUGUAGUAUGGUGUCCAAAGCCAGCCAGCGGUAGAGAUUAAAUAGAAGGAAGGCUAAACACCCAUGACUUUAAAUGAAGGACUGGGUGGUUUGUACAGAACACACCCUCUUGCUAAUGGUUCUUCAAAUAACUGUGCCCAUCUCCUCUGUGAAUGUGUAUUCUUUUGUUCUGUAUAUAGAGAAAA